AUGGAAGGAGACAAAGACGGCGAACAGAGGUUUGCUAUAUCCCCAAAAAAUAGUAUCGAAAGUGUUUCAGCGCGUGCUUGUACGCGCAGUGGAAGUAAUCUUAAUGUGAGUUGUAUAAAAACAGAGAAGGAAGCUCUGCUCAAUUUCAAGAAAGGUCUUAUCGAUCCUUCGAGUAGGCUUUCUUCUUGGAUUGGAGAAGAAUGUUGCAAAUGGAAUGGCAUUGUGUGUCACAAAAAAACAAGAAAUGUGAUCAAGAUCAAGCUACGUAACACUUUUAUUCAUGUUGAUGAUGGAUAUGAAAAUUAUGAACUUGGUGGUGAAAUUAGUCCUUCUUUGCUUGAUUUAAAGUCAUUAUGGUAUCUUGAUUUGAGUUCAAACAACUUUGGAGGGAAUCGAAUUCCAAAGUUCUUUGGAUCUUUUAGAAAAUUGAGAUACCUUAAUUUGUCAAGUGCUGGUUUUGGUGGACCUAUUCCUCCUCACAUUGGAAAUCUUUCAAGAUUGCAUUUUCUUGAUCUUAGUAGUUACUCAAUUAAUGAGCCAUUUGCUAACAACUUGAAAUGGCUCACUGGACUUCAAUCUUUGAAGUACCUUAAUUUAGGCAGUGUGGAUUUGUCUAAGGUGAAAAACCAUUGGUUUCAGUCUGUUGACAUGAUUCCUUCCCUUCUGGAGUUGCAUUUGCCACAAUGCACUCUUUCAAAUCUUCCGUUGUCUUUUGAGUUCUUCAAUCUCUCUUCACUCUUAGUCCUUGAUCUCUCGAACAAUGGGUUCAUCUCAUUAUUCCCAUCUUGGUUAUCUAAGCUUGGAAAACUUGCUUAUCUUAAUUUGAACUCGAAUUAUCUUCGAGGUGCUAUUCCAAUUGAACUAGCAAACAUGACUUCACUCCAGACACUUGACUUAUCGGAGAAUUUUUUCCUGGAGGGUCAGUUGCAUGAGAAAAUGGGCAAUCUGUUCAACUUGCGAGAACUGGAUCUUUCUUUUAACAAUUUCACAGGCGAUAUAACCAAAUUCAUAGAUGGUCUUUCUAGAUGCAACCACAGCAGGCUAGAGAGGAUGAACUUGGGAUAUAAUGCUGGAUUAGGUGGAAUUCUUCCAGAUUCUAUUGGAUUCUUGAAAAACCUCAAGAAUAUUGAACUAUGGAAGAAUUCAUUUGUUGGUACAAUCCCUGAUUCGAUUGGGAAUUUGUCAUCAUUGGAGGAUUUGAUCUUUGCAUGGAACCAAAUGAGUGGACAAAUUCCAGUCACUAUAGGGAAACUUUCAAAGUUGGUUGUCCUAGACCUUUUUGAAAAUAAUUGGUGGGGUGUCAUCACAGAAGCUCACUUCACAAACCUGACUAGUUUGAAGGAAUUGUAUGUAUCCUCAAACUCAUUACCUCCUAGUCCUCCUUUGGUUGCAAACAUUAACACCAAGUGGAUUCCUCCUUUUAGUCUCCAGUACCUCAAGUUCAGGUCAUGCAGAUUUGGUCCUAAAUUUCCUAUUUGGAUCAGACAUCUUACUGAAUUGCAAACUUUAACGUUCAGGCGUGCUGGAUUUUCAGAUACUAUCCCUGAUUGGUUGUGGGACUUGAACUGGGAACUUGAAGAACUGGAUUUUGGUUAUAAUCAACUUAGGGGCAGAGUGCCAACUACUCUAAAAUUUAAGCCUGAGUCCACUGUCUAUUUGAUGUCUAACCUUUUUGAGGGUCCAAUUCCACCUUGGUCCUCAAAUGUAGCCUCGAUAAGCCUGAGUAACAAUUCAUUUUCAGGACCUGUUCCUUUUGAUAUUGGCUAUAGAUAUCCAGAUUUGACAGACUUGGAUCUUUCCCAAAACUCUCUCAAUGGAACCAUUCCCUUGUCCAUUAGCAAAAUCACCAACUUGGUAACUUUGAUUCUCUCGAACAAUCAUCUUACCGGAGAAAUCCCUGAUUUUUGGGACGAAGUACCAAUUUUGUACACAUUAGACCUUUCAAACAACAGUUUUAUUGGCCGCGUCCCAAGCACCUUAAGUACCCUUAAUUCCCUCAGAUUCUUAAUGCUAAGUAACAAUCAUCUUUCUGGAGAGUUCCCUCUUGGUUUCCAAAAUUUUUCUUCCAUGAUCACUCUUGAUCUUGGGAACAACCAAUUUUCAGGAGAACUUCCUUCCUGGAUAGGAGAAAAGAUGCCAGUGUUGUUGGCCUUGAGCUUUCGAUCGAACAUGUUCAAAGGAGAGAUUCCAAGUGAAUUCUGCAACAUGAAAUCACUUCAUUUUAUAGAUGUUGGUUCCAACAAUCUCUCGGGAAAUAUCCCGUCUUGUUUUGGGAAUCUGAAGGGCAUGACUUGGGAUCCUGAAUCUCAACGUUACGAAGGUCAAUUGAACUUAUUUUCCAAGGGGAGAGAUCUCUUAUACAAGGAUAAUCUUUAUCUUGUGAAUGGUAUAAUCCUUUCAGGCAACCAUUUGACUGGUGAUAUACCAGAAGAAUUGACAAAUCUUUCCAGGAUGAAUACCCUGAAUUUGUCCAUGAAUCAUUUGAGUGGAAAGAUACCUGAAGAAAUUGAGAAGUUGAGACAAUUGGAAACUCUUGAUCUCUCUAGGAAUGAGAUCCAUGGUACCAUCCCAACAGGCAUGGCCAGCUUAACAUUACUGACUCACUUGAAUCUCUCGCACAAUCACUUGUCAGGUAGAGUUCCCACAGCUAACCAAUUUAACACCUUUAAUGACCCUUCGAUUUACACGGGCAAUCCUGAUCUCUGUGGAAAUCCAUUGCAAAACAAAUGCAAGGAUGAAACAGAAGAAGAACCUGAUCUUCAUCAGGAUCCUCUUUAUCAUUCUUCUCCUAGUGAAUUUGGAGAAAUGGGGUUCUUUGUCAGUAUAGGGGUAGGAUUUGUUGUGGGAUUCUGGGGAGUAUGCGCAACUCUAAUAAUAAAAAGUUCAUGGAGGCAUGCCUAUUUUCAGUCAGUUGGUUAUUUGGGAGAUAAGUUGUUUGUCAUUUUCAUUCUGCCUUUGGCUAGUUGGAGGAGAUCCAGAAGCUAG